CGUUAGUGCGUGACGUUGUAUUGCAGCUCCAUAAUCCGAACUACUAACUAUAUUUCUUGCAGUGAAUAUGUCUUGAGUUACUCUCUUGUACGUCGCAUACGUAUUACGUCGCUUAGAAAAGUAUGUAUUCUUCCGACGUAUUAUAAUUGUGUAAUAUCGUUCAAAGCUGUUCGUUAGUUACCCCGUGUUGACAUUCACAUUUUAUAACCGCAAAAGAAUCAAUGAAAAGAACUAAAAAAGUGAAUUCAGCAUAAAAAGUAAUCGAACAAUUACCAGAUUUUGCUGACUUGACGAUGCUUCGACGAGGCGCUGCAUCUCUUAUCACGACCGUUUCCUGAAAAACACUGGAGAGAGGAAGAAUUUUUCGCUAAUCAUCUGAGCUGUUUUACGUUUUUAAGAAGAAAAAUUAAACCUACUGCGUCCUCUUUUUUCUGCGAUACAAGGAGGAAGCAAGUAGUACGCAGACAUGGUGCUGGUGGACGCUCUCAGAGCCUUCUCAGGCAUAGUGAAGGCGAAGAGCGAAGCAGACAUCGAUGGUUCUGUCUUCAAACUGCACUACCGGGCGACCGCCACGCUGCUAUUUUGCUUCUGUCUUCUCGCCACGUGCAACAGCCUCAUCGGCGAGCCUAUAAGAUGUGCUCACGGUGACAGCCCCUACUUGGCUGAUGAUGUAGUGAACACUUACUGUUGGAUACACACCACCUUCACCAUACCUCGCUACCUGCAUGGAAACGGCCCGUCGCCGUAUCCUGGGGUAGGCCUAGCGACGCCUACGGAGGAGAUCACCCGCCACGCCUACUACCAAUGGGUGCCGUUCAUGCUCGUUUUCCAAGGUGUGUUGUUCUACGUACCGCAUUUGCUCUGGAAGACUUGGGAAGGCAAGACGAUCCAGUCAAUAACGGCUGGGCUGUCGGCACCAAUUAUCCCCUCAAAGGACAAGAAGGAAAACCUUGACCUGCUGCGCGAGUAUCUCACCGUAUCCUUCAAUUCGCAUAAUUUAUAUGCUUUCAAAUUCUUGUUUUGCGAAGGACUGAACUUGAUCAAUGUUGCCCUGCAAAUGUUGCUGCUUGACAAGUUUUUAGGAGGAGCUUUUCUGACCUAUGGAAUGGACGUACUGAACUUCACGGAACUGGACCAGUCACAGAGGACCGAUCCUAUGAUAGAAGUAUUCCCUAGGGUCACUAAAUGUUCCUUCCAUAUGUUCGGGCCAUCAGGGUCGGUUGAAACGCACGAUCUCAUGUGCAUCUUAGCACUCAAUGUCAUUAAUGAGAAAAUAUUCGUGUUUCUUUGGUUCUGGUUUGUUCUGUUAAUAAUUCUGAGCUUUAUUUCAUUUUUGUACAGAGCAUUGCUCUUUUGCGUGCCUGCUGUGAGGAAAGGGCUUCUACUGAGACGAUCGAAUCUCAAGUUCAAAUCCACACUCAAUACGCUUGGUUCUUAUCUACUGUACGGAGAUUACUUCAUUCUCUACCUAGUCAGUAAAAACGUAGACAUCAUGGCCUUCACUGAGCUGCUGGAAGACUUAGCUGCUGAGUCCAGAGGCGCGCGAAAUCCAUCAGCAGGCUUCCCAGAGAUGGUCCCUCUUCAGGCAGUAGGUGAAGACGAGAAGCCUGGCACGAACUUUCCUUCAAAGGAAGAGGUUGUUUAAUAUUUGGUAGUUAAAUUCCAAAACUUAGAGACACAGAUUUCGAAUAUGGAACAUUUUUCUAUGAUAGUCAACUAAUUUAAAAAGUUCGAAACACAGAUUUCGAAUUUGGAACAUGUUUGGUUGAAACACAGAUGUCUCAUGCUCUGUUUUUCGGAGGGAUUUACGAUCCGAAAGUUUGAUUACUCAAGUCGGACAAAAUGUAUCUAGUCAUUAUAAGAGAACUAUACUCUAUCUAAUUAACUUGAUAAUAAUAACACGAGCUUAUUUUUUUCUAUGUAAUUAGAAUUUAAAUGUUGUGAAUAAUCUUUAGCCGUAUGCCACAUUCAUCAAAUCAAGUUAAGCAAAAUUAUUUGACACGUAAACAUUACGAGAAUAUUUUAUUGUUACCCAAAGAAAUGAGUGAGACUUAUUGUAUUCUUAAUCUAAGUGAGUUAUUUUAUAUGUAUCUUGAUUUCUGUAUAAGCUUCUAUUCCUAGUUCAAGUGCAAUAAACGGCUGCCUCAAGUAAAAUUCAAACAAAUAUUUGUAAUGUUUUGAUAUUCAUUGCUUAUAAAAACCGUGGUUUUUAAAUAAAGAAUUUAAUUAGA